GGAUGUCGGAUGCAAGACUGUGGCCAAUAUGAUCAAGGGCAAGUCUCCUGAAGAGAUCAGGAAGCUUUUCAACAUUGUAAACGACUUUACUCCUGAAGAAGAGGCCCAAAUCAAGAAGGAGAAUGAAUGGGCUGAAGAUAGAUGA